GGCAAUGCAAUAGCCUCCAGAGAUAGAGACAGGACUGGGAUAUAUGUACAUUUGCAACGCGGAGCUAAGGCAUUGACAGACUUUUCCUGCUGGAGCUCAACUGUUGGCUCAGUUUUUGGAUUUUCAGAGAUUUUAAUUCGCUGAAUUAAAAAUUCCAAAAUAAUUUUUAAUAUAAUGUUGUCGUCUUUCAUCACAAUGAGGUGUCUGGCUCUUGGCCUUUUCUGCCUGUUGUGCUGUAACGCAGCGCAGACGUACAGACGCCGCCCCAGACCCAUCACGGCAAGAAGCAACACAACUUUCCCAAUCAAAGCAGUUGAGAAUCCAUGUAAAGCCAUCCCGCUGGAUUUCAUCUUUGUGAUUGACAGCUCCAGAAGCAUCCGUCCCAAUGACUAUGAGAAAGUGAAGACCUUCAUCAUCAACCUGCUUCAGUUCCUCAAGAUUGGCUAUAAUGCAACACGGGUCGGUCUGCUGCAGUAUGGUAGUGUGGUCCAGCCCGAGUUCUCCCUCAGCACCUACACCACCAAGAGCGAGGUAGAGCAGGCAGUGACGAAUAUGGAGCACCUCGCCACAGGGACCAUGACGGGUCUGGCCAUCCAGUACACCAUGGAGACAGCCUUCACCGAGGAACAUGGAGCCCGACCAAUGAACCUACACAUCCCACGAAUUGCUAUGAUUGUGACUGAUGGAAGACCUCAGGACACAGUAGAGGAGAUUGCAGCUCAGGCAAGACAGGCUGGCAUCCAGAUUUUUGCUAUUGGAGUAGGCAGGGUGGAUAUGAACACACUGAGGGCCAUAGGGAGUGAGCCGCACUCGGAGCAUGUGCAUCUGGUGGCCAACUUUAGCCAGAUAGAAACCCUGAUCUCUGUGUUCCAGUCCAAACUGUGUGGAGGUUCAGACAUGUGUGAGGUGGUGGACCAUCAGUGUCAGCAUAUCUGUGUGAGUAGCCCUGCCUCAUACAGGUGCAAGUGCAGGGAAGGAUACAUCCUAAACCCUGAUGGCAAGACGUGCACAGCUGAGGACACGUGUGCUGUGGUGGAUCACGGCUGUGAACACAUCUGUGCAAACCUGCCUCGUGGUUAUGAGUGUCGGUGCCGUCCAGGAUAUCAACUCACCAUAGACCUGAAGACGUGCAACAGAAUAGACCACUGUGACCUGGGGAAUCAUGGCUGUGAGCACAACUGUGUCACCGUUCCAGAGUCCUACAUCUGCACAUGUAAAAGGGGCUACGUCCUCAAUCUCGAUGGCAAGACCUGCAGCAAGAUCGAUCACUGCGCUGAUGGAGCCCACGGAUGUGAGCAGGAGUUUAUGAGCACUGAAGACAGCUGUGUGUGUAAAUGCAGGAAAGGCUACACACUCGGACCUGAUGGGAAAACCUGCAAAAAGAUCGAUCACUGCGCUGAUGUCACCCACGGAUGUGAGCAGGAGUUUAUGAGCACAGAAGACAGCUGUGUGUGCAAAUGCAGGAAAGGCUACACACUCGAAUCUGAUGGGAAAACCUGCAAAAAGAUCGAUCACUGCGCCGAUGGCACCCACGGAUGUGAACAGGAGUUCAUGAGCACUGAAGACAGCUGUGUGUGCAAAUGCAGGAAAGGCUACACACUCAGACCUGAUGGGAAAACAUGUCAGAGUCUGGAUCUGUGUCAGACAGUGCACCAUGGCUGUGAGCAUCAGUGUGUCAGCACCAAUAAUUCCUACAUCUGUAGAUGUUUUGAAGGAUUCAUGCUGGCUGAGGAUGGGAAGAGCUGCAAAAAACCCGAGUGCAGCGAGGGAGUCAUGGAUCUUGUGUUUGUGAUCGAUGGCUCCAAGAGUCUGGGCCCCAACAACUUUGAGUUGGUCAAGCAGUUUGUAAACAGCAUUGUGGACUCGCUGGACAUUUCUAAGACGGGCACUCAUGUGGGUCUUCUUCAGUACUCCACAAAGGUACGCACAGAGUUCACCUUGGGCCAGUACUCCACAGCACAACACAUCAAGAGUGCCGUGAACAGGAUGCAAUACAUGGGAAGGGGCUCCAUGACUGGCUCAGCCCUGCGCCACAUGUUUGAGUCUAGUUUUUCAACCAAAGAAGGCGGCAGGUUCAACAUUCCCCGUGUCAGCAUCGUGUUCACUGAUGGACGAUCACAAGAUGAUGUUUCUGAAUGGGCCACUAAAGCAAAGAAUUCCGGGAUCACGAUAUACGCUUUGGGAGUUGGCAAAGCCAUCGAACAGGAGCUGAGAGAAAUUGCGUCGGAGCCAGAUGAGAAGCACUUGUAUUACGCUGAGGAUUUUGAAAAAAUGGCAGAAAUUACAAAGAAACUCAAGUCCAGGAUAUGUGCAGAUAAACCAUCUGAUGAAAACAUGUGCCAGUGUGAAAACAUGAUAAUGUUUCAAAACCAAGUCACAGAGAAGCUGAAGAGCCUGGUUCAGAAUAAUAUCCUUUUGUGCUCACUGCACAGUUACUAA